AUGGAUCGUCUUAACAGGAAGACUCUGACGACUGCUGCGAACGCGAUGUACACAUAUUGGUACGCUUCAGCGGUAUCAUCAAGGCCAACGUUGCUGCUGCUCCAUGGUAAUCCAGAUCCUGCCUCUUUAUGGUCUGGGCUGGUGCACGACUACCUCCUGUCGUACGAUUAUGGCGUUCUCGCUCCAGACCUGAUAGGCUUCGGCGACAGUGAUAAGCCGGAGGGACUCCAGCAUUGCAAGGCGAGCUCAGACUGCAGCGAUCUUGCUGCGGCCCUCGACAGCGAAGGACUCGACAAAGUGAUCCCGGUGGGACAUGACUUUGGCGCAUUGCUAGCGAGCAGUAACUCAACAUUCCACCCGGAUCGUAUCACUGGCCUCGUCACGCUGGGAACCGCGCACAUACCACCCUCGCCAUACUCGUUUGACUUCGAGCAGCUUCGAAUCAUGCAGGAGAAGUAUCUCGGUUACUGCCAGAGCUGGUACUUUCCCCUCUUCACGCUACAUGGAGGAGGUAAUCGAAUGAAGGACCUGUGCUGUGUAGAGGGCGGGCUGGGGAAGUGGUUGCUCGAUUCUUCCAAUGCUAGUAAAGAAGUCCUGCUGUAUGCUAGAAUCAGGACUUUCGUCUUUAGAGCACCCCUAGACUGGUACAAGGCGGUCGUGCAGAACCUAGAUCUGCAAGUAGAGCAGGAAGCAUUGGCGAGUGGCCGCCAUGUCGUCAACGUUCCGUACUUCUUCAUUGCAGGACUCCAAGACCCUUUUUCACCGGCCAGUGCGGUGCAGGGUCCUAUGAGCCAAGGCAUAUUGCCGAACAUGAUGCAGAGAGAGGUGGAUGCGAGCCAUUGGUGCAUGCUGGAGAAGCUAAGGGACAUUGGCCUAGCCAUCGUAGAGUGGCUCGGAGAGCAGUACUGCUGGCAGAAGAUAUGUCGUUUCCUGCAUCGAUCAUUGCAGAGCUCGAGUAUCCCGCACUUAGUGUCAUGCAAUGUUUGA